AUGGACCCGUCGUCUUCUCAGUCCUCUCAGCAACGAACAGAGGGGUCGAUGAAAGGGAGGGAGGGAGUUUCGGAACCAGACCCGAGGCUUCCGACUAGGUUAUUGAAGACGGACCACUACCCCAACCCGAGGCUGAACAUUUAUUCGAGGCCUGAGACAAUAGCUUUUGUGAAGCAUACUCUGCGGAAUAAUCCGGAGGCGUUUGCGAGAAUCAGAAACUCUCGUUUUGGAAAACUCUGGGAUUUUCCCGCCGUUAGAUGCCCUGUUUCGUGUAAGCUCAUCCACGCCCUCGUGAGCAGGCAAGUUCUGUCCAAGAAGCAUUAUGAGAUGUGGACGGUAUUUGGUGGACAGCCGCUCAGGAUCUCUUUGUCCGAAUUUGCAAGCGUGACUGGACUUCACUGCGGUGAAUACCCAGAAGGAUAUGACCCAGACUGGCAUCCACCUCCAAGCAAGACUCCGGAUAAGUGGUGGAGCCAGACGCACAGGCCUACUCCAAAGUAUGUGUCAAUGUUGGCGGACGUUGACGAGUUCUUGAACUUCCCAUGGGGCCGGGAAUCGUUCAUCAAAACAAUCUCCACAAUGUGUCCCCUACGGAGCCAAGCUGUGAAGGACGAAGAUCCGGUGCACACUCUUGUCAAGAAUCUAGGCCAGCAAUCGUUUAGGCUGCUUGGGUUCCCUCUAGCUUUGCAGCUACUAGCCUUCCAGGCAAUUCUAGUACUACUCGAGUAUCUGCCGAGAUCAUCGGAUGAUGACAUCCUGUUGAACUUGCCGGACGAGCAUUUUCCGCCUAACCCAUCCUUGUCACAUGAAGAUGUGCUAAACGCUGAGCUUCAUCCAAAUGUAAGACAAAACUAUCCCCUUGUGUAUGCCAAAUACUACUUUGCCAUUGUGGAUUCUUCUAACGAAACUUAUAACCCUUUUUUCCAGCUGUGUGUUAAUCCGUUAAUACCUAUUGACGCGCCUCCGGGGUUUAUUGGCUGGGGAGAGUUUGCUGAACAAGAGGUCCAAGAUCGGAAAGUGGCGUACUUGGAGGAGCUAAUCGCCAACAACCACCGCUUCAGUAAAGCUGAAUGGCCAGGAGGCGCUACUGAUUACAAGGAAGUUGUCCACUGUUACAAACCGCCAAGGGUUGUUCACGAGAAACACAUCAGAAACCGUAAAAAGGAGAAGCGCCCUCUAGGUGUCCGCAGAUCUCCACCUACUACACGGAGAUCAGGUCGUGGGAAAGAGCGUGUUGAAGAGACUAUAAAUUCUGCAGCACCUGAGGAUUUGGCAGAACGGAACAAGUGGCUAAUAGCUCAGGUGAAGAUACUGACGGAGAAACAUAGUAAGCUUGCUGAUCGAACGAGACGAUUGGAGCGGAAGUGGCAACUGCAGGCGUCGCGUUCACUGAGGAUGCCCUCAACGCAACGCCGUGUUCCUCGGACGAAACAAAAUAAUUCUAAGAGUAAAGGCAAAGAGGUCUCUGGUUCUGAAGAUGGAGCAGAUGACAGUAUUAUAAGCCUUAAAGAAGGAGAAGAGAUGCCAGAUGAUUGGAUGGAUAGAAACGUCAAUUAUGAGGCAUUUAUGAAGUCUCCUUCUUCUGGAAAUAUUCAGUUUGCCGGAUCUCAGGAAUUGAUGGAGCUGUCAGAUUUUUCACCAUCUCUCAACCAAGCUGCCGCAUCCCGAGCGCGACCAUCUAAGGGCGGUGUAGUACUAGAUUUUGAAGAAGUUGUUCCCGGGGCUGUGACAGGAGGGCAGAGUAAUGCCGGUGAGGAGAGAGGCGGUGUAGAGGUGGAAAGAAGCGUAGACGAAGGGAUUAUAGACGGCGAGGAAGGCAUUAUUGGACAUGGCCCCGAACCGCGUGAUUCCAGGACCGUGGACGGAACUUCCCGAGAUGAAGACAUGGUUGGAGAGAAAGCUAAUGAUACGGAUGAGAAGAUGUGCACGGCAGAUGUACAAGAUGGUGUGGACGACGAAUCUAUGGAUACCGUCCCGUCCACGAAGGAUGACGUGGCCGGGUUGCGUGUUUGUACGGGGUUGUCAGUACUGGUUGAUGGCGGUGUUGCAAAGGUUGUUGCGGGUGAGUUCGUACAGUCUGAAGGUGAAACCGUGGAUGUGAACUAG